AUGAAUAAUGUAUUGGAAGGAAAACUUUUUAUGAAAGAAAUAGAAAAAAAAACAUUAGAAUGUAGAGAAGAAAACGAAAUUUUAGUUUUAAAACUAUGUGAAUUAUCUAAUGCUGUAUACCCAAUAUAUAAUAAAAUAUUUGGUAAUGGUUUUUUAGGUGAUACUCUAAAAAAGGAUUUAAAAAAUUCUUCCCUUAGAGUUCAAAAAGCUAUUGAAAAAGUUCCUGAAGAAACAAAAUAUGUUUCAAAAAUGUAUUCAUAUAAUUUAAAAAAGUAUGAAAGUUUAGAUAAAUUAAAAAAAGAUAUGGACAAUGGAAUAAUUAAUUUUUUGUGGAUGAAAAGAGCUUUGGAAUUUAUUAUUGUUUUUCUUGAAAAAUGUUAUGUAACAAAAUUUUCUUCUAAAUUAAGUAUAUGUGCUCAAGAAGCAUAUGAAGAAGUACUAAAAAGUUAUCAUAACUACGUAACUAUUAAUUUAGUUAAAUUGGGAAUCAAAUUAUCUCCAUCAAGAGAAAAUUUAACUAAAAAACUUGGUUUUGAAUCAAAUGAGGAAGCAAAACUUGUUAUUCAAAAAUUUAUUUUAAUAACGAAACCAUUAAUUAAUGAUAUUUCAAAAACCAUAGAAAAAUAUAACUGUAACUUUGAGGACAAAGUUUAA